GCAGGCGGAAGUUGUGAGCAAUCAUCUGAUACAGAGAGAGAGGAGAGAUCAAGUGAUUCGGCUGCCACAUGCAACAUGGCUUCCUGGUGGGUUUGGCCAGCGAUAUGGAUGUACUUGUUGGCUCUGCUGCCCGGAGCGCAGGCUUUGGACGGAGGGGACGCGGUGGCACUGCUGCUGGGGUUGGCUCUCAGUGUGGUAGGAGUCUGUGCGUGUCUGGGCUGGUACUCUCGGAAGAGAAACGCGCAACUCUGAGAGCGGGGCAAGGAAGGAGGAAAGAAGCCAGAGUCUUUCCAAAGCAGCAACAAGCAAAGGGUUCCCCCCCCGGUCGCGAAAGCCUUAUUAUCCUCAGAGAUACAAUAAUCCUUCGGAGAGAGAGGGAGGUCACGCCGGAACAGACGAGACACGUCUUCUUGGGUCUUACAGACUUUUUUUGCACCAGCGCCGUGAGAAGUUGCCUGUAUGAUUGCGCCUGUCGGUGCGAUGCUGAGCCCCUCGCACACACAUAUACACACCUUGUGUCUUCCCCAGGACCACCACCUGCCCAUUGAGGAGCAUCCAACUCCAUCCUCUUCGGAACCACAGCGUGCGUGGGAAGGCUGCGCUAACCAAGUUUUACAACCCUCGGGACGUUUCUUAAAAGCUUCAGUGAAAUUGUAUUUUAAUUAUUUCCCCACCCAAAAAGGAAUCACACGCCGAUUUUUGGAGCGCCAAACCCAAAAUGAAACAUGGAAGUUGAAGUUAACGUGCUCGCUUUCUCCCGGUCCGCACUCUGAUGCAAACGUUGUCAUGUUUCUGAGCAAUUGUGACACUCCUCUCCCUCCGUUGUUGCACCAAAUCGUUAAAGUAACUUAUUUCAGGCGGUAGACUUUUGUUUUAGGUUUUGGUUUAAUUUUUUCCAUCCUUCUGUUCCUGAAUUCGUCUUCGCUUGAUUAUUGCCACCUAGCGUCGUUUCCCUUUGAAAGGGAUGUUCGUCAUAAAUGCAGUUCCUUGUUGGUGUUCUCUAAACAUUUACCCUACAUCACCCUCUGGACUUCUCACCGGCUAAUGUAAGGAAGACAUUUGGUUCAUCCAGCAAACUAAUACAAUGACUGGGAAAUGUUAAUGUGUGAUUUGUAUCAAUUUGGAUUUUCAUAAGGACAUCAUAAUAAAUAACUUUUGAUGUCUUUUGAUUUGUGCAAAAUGAAUUUUAAAAGUUAUAAUUUAUUUAUUGACUGGUAUAACACACAGUAGUCUUAGUCUGUGUUCAAUAACUGCAAGUUAAAAAUUAACACCACUUUAUAGCAUCUUUCUACAGUUGGGUUGCUUCAGUAGAUCAUAAUUGCCAGAAUGAAAAUCAAAGCCUUUGUACAUUUGAGAUCAUUUUCAGUUUUGUUUGUCUCCAUUCCUAGUAGUAGUUUGUUCACUUGCUUAGAUGAAAUAGUGAGGGUUGGUUUAGCUCAGUUGAUUGGAUGCUUGGUUUGCAAACUAGUGCAAUGCCAACAGUGUAGGUUCAAUUCCAGCACCAGCUGAAGUUACCACAAAGGACUCUCUUUCUCAACCUCUCUCCUCACCUGAAGGAUGGUGGCCCUCAGAUUUAAUCACCACAAGUCAUCUCUCUCUCUCUAAUGAUCUGGUAAGACUAUGGCAACAGAAUUUUU